AUGUUCUUUCCCCUCUUAAUGAUUCAAUAUCCACCUUGUGUGAAUUCAAAAUCCUCGAUAGUGUUUAUCGUUGUUUUCGGCGAUGAGUCAUCCGCAUAUGAUGGUUUUAAUUUGACAAGUUUCUUGUGUCUGGCGCUGUAUCAUGGGGCUAUUGGUUUGAUUGUAAGUGAUGAUACCCAAAAUAAAUAUGUUAGACUUGAAAGUUGUUACAUGUGCAGUGGAAUCCUUUUAGGCGUGUCAAUGGUAUCUGCACCAAUUAUAGCUCAUGCCAUGGAUGCUGGGGAUGCAUUGGUGGAUGAUCAUGAAUUACAGGACCUUUCAGAGGAGGAAGAAAAUGGGCAAUACUUGUGGAGAUUGGCUAGAAAAUUUUGGCUGCCCAUUUUUUUCUUUGUCACGGUGUUGACAAACUUGGAUAACUCAAUUACAAUGUUAUGCAUUAAACUUGCUUUGUUCCUCCUGAGCACCAAACCCAACCCUUUCUCUGUCUAUGUAUUUGUUGAUCAGUUGUGUCAACAAUCUAUGCGCCAAGAGGCACGAUUUCUUCAAUUAAAGUCACUAUACGCCAGCAAAGUUGAAGUGCAGGACUAUAAGCUUCUUUGCAUGGCUGAUGUUGAAGUAAGAGAUCAGAAGUUCACUUUGGUUGGAAUACUUGGUAGAAAUAAAUUUGAUAAGUAA